UGAAUGGGAUUUAUCCAGUGCUUUGUCCUACUAGGUACUACGUAGUCAGCAUACUAGAUACUAUUGGUAAAUGAACAAUGAAUAUCUUCCUACAGAUCCGACAUAUCCUUAGUGUAGCCUAUCACAAACAACAAUUUGACUGAGACUUUGUUUCGCUGUCCUUGAACUUUGGGUAACAUUUUUCACAGCUUCAGCAUAGAACGCUAGACACCAGCAACCCCUGAAAUUCAAACAAGCCUUAGGAACUACCGGCUUCAUAACGGCUAUUAAUGACUAGCCAUUAGCAGAGGGAAUAUCAUUUACCAUACCGCGUGUAGAUCAAUAACUAGCUACCUACCUAGUAGUAAGUAUGUAGCCAACUCGCAUUCCUUUCGUAUUUUUUUCGUUUACUUUUCAACUCUGUCUUUCAUUUCCAUGUCAACCUUGAUCUUACCACGGAUUAGUUGCUGUAUGAUUGGAUAGGCCGACAAAUAUUAGACAGCCUGUACUACUUGGUCGAUUUCGAGCAAACACGGCAUUUGCCGGACAGCUACCUACCUAAUCAGAGCUCACUUCCCAAUACUUAUAUAUGUUCAAGAUGCCAAGUCAACGGUGAAUGGAGACGGCUUAUUCUCGCAUAUCCACCUGAGAGACCAUCUCGAUUCUUAUGAAAGUGUUCUGUCGCACGGGAUACCACCAUGCCAUUCAACAGGCUGAGGUCCGACGCCCCCGGGCAGCUCACCGUCGGUGAUGGCAUGACUCGCACCUCCAGUCGGGUCAACAGCGAUGGGCGGAUGAUGGUGCAAUUCCACCGGAACCCCCGGGAACUUGCAACGUGGCUUAAAGGGUUCUACGAGAAUGCCGGCGCGCCCGAGAGGAAGAUCUUCGUGCCACAAAACGGUGGCGGUGCAUCUCGCGAAGAGAAGACUAGCGGCACUGGACCGCGGCUCAAUAUCGCUAUUCACAUCGUCGGCUCCCGGGGAGAUGUCCAGCCAUUCAUUCCGAUCGCCCAGAUGCUUAGUAGACCUCCGUUCCACCACCGGGUUCGCAUCUGCACGCACCCUGUGUUCAAGGACUUCGUGGAGAGCAAAGGUCUAGAGUUCUUCAGCAUAGGGGGCGAUCCCGAAGCACUAAUGGCCUAUAUGGUGAAGAAUCCAGGCCUGCUCCCGAGCAAGGAAAGCUUCAAGGCGGGGGAUAUUAGUAAGAGGAGGAAAGAGAUGAGUGAAAUCAUGCAUGGCUGCUGGCGCGGUUGCAUCGAGGCAGGUGACGGGUUAGGAGAAAAAAUAGGAGCUUCUGACGUGAUUUCGGCAAGCGAUUUAUUCAUUGCGGAUGCGAUUAUCGCCAACCCUCCUUCGAUGGCGCAUAUCCACUGCGCAGAAAAGCUGAGCAUACCUCUACACAUGGUGUUCACCAUGCCAUGGUCACCGACACAUACAUUCCACCAUCCCCUCGCAGCGAUGCAGUACGGCCAGACGGAGACGGGUACAGCUAACUAUCUUUCCUUUAUGAUGAUGGAGCUUUUGACUUGGCAAGGUCUUGGCGAUGUUAUCAAUACAUUUCGAACGCGAACUUUACAGAUCGAUCCUAUCAGUCCACUAUGGGGCCAUCAAUUAUUAACGAGACUUCGCGUACCCUUCACAUACCUAUGGUCGGAGUCACUCAUUCCCAAACCCCCAGAUUGGGGCGAUCACAUCAACAUCGCCGGCUUUUCAUUUCUCUCCCAAGCCAACUCGUACACGCCACCUCCAGACCUUGCAGAGUUUCUCGAUGCUGGUCCUGCGCCGAUAUAUAUCGGCUUUGGAUCUAUCGUCGUGGAUGACCCCCAAGGCCUUACUCAGCUUAUCUUCGAGGCUGUUAGGAUAGCCGGAGUUCGCGUCAUCUUAUCUAAGGGAUGGGGAGGUAUUGGCGAAGGAGACGUACCUGACCAUGUCUACCUCGUAGGGGAUUGCCCACACGACUGGCUAUUCCAGCGCGUAUCAUGUGUUGUUCACCACGGCGGCGCAGGAACAACGGCGGCUGGGCUCGCAGCAGGCUGUCCUACAGUCGUGGUGCCGUUCUUUGGAGAUCAGCCUUUCUGGGGGCAGAUGAUUGCCCGCGCGGGUGCCGGACCCGAGCCUGUUCCGUUUAAAAAGAUAAAAGCGGAGAUCAUGGCAGAGAGCAUCCUGUUCGCCCUGCGGCCGGAAGUCCAGCAGGCAGCUGGGGAGCUAGCGCGACAAAUGGCCGAGGAGGACGGGGCGAGCAGCGCAGAACGGGGUAUCCAGUCUCUCCUAGAUGCCGAGGGCCUGAGGUGCGACAUCUGCCCCAACCGACUCGCGAUAUGGAAACACAAGAAGACCGACGCCCACCUCAGCAACUUGGCCGCCUACUACCUGAUAAACCAGGGGAUAAUCAAGAUGUCCCACAUACAGCUCCUCAAGCACAAGAACUGGUACGUCGACGAGGGCGCAGAAACAGUCCUAAUCGGCGCCAUCGCAGCCUGCAGCGGCUUCUUCACCGAAGUCGGCCUCGCAACCUCGCGCUACGCACAAAGCCUAAAAUCCGGGCCCCCUCCCCGAACCCGGCGCAAAUCCUCCCUGAUCCCCCUCCCAAGCAACCACCGCAAACGACAACAACAACAACAGAACAGCGCCCCCCAAACAGCAGCAUCGGCAUCCGAGGGCACCGAAACAGCCACAACAGCAACAGACGACGACACCAGCUCCUUCUCCCCCUUCGAGCGCGACCUCACGCCCAAGCAACUCGCGAAGCUCGCGCGCAUCAUGGCCGAGAAACCCUUCAAGCCCAACAACCCCAACGACGACCGCCUGUGCCUCGAAGACGAACUCCUCGACCUCGAGUCGAUCCGGCGGCAGGCCACUCACGGCGGCGGCGAGCAAAAGGCGCACGGACGUGCUCACCACAUCCUGCACGCGACGGGGCACUACGCCGCGGACCUCUCGCGCGCGGGGCUCAAGGCGCCGGUCGCGGCGUUCUACAACGUCGCGAACGGGUUCCGGAAUUUCCCGUCGUACGUGUUUGGCGUGCAGGAUCUGAGGCGGCGAGACGAGAUCACGGGGGUGAAGAGCGGGUUGAAGGUUGCGGGGAAGGAGUUUGCGCUGGGGCUGUACGACGCGUUCACGGGAGUCGUGGUGAGGCCGUAUAAGGGGGCGAAGGAGGGGGGUGCGAAGGGCCUCGGGAAGGGGCUGUUGAGGGCGGGGUAUGGGGUGCUGGGGGGCGUUGGCGCUGGCGUUGUGGGCUUGCCGGGCUACUCGCUCAAGGGCGUCCAGAAGGAGCUCUCGAAACACCGGCUUACGGAGCUCAAGGCGGAGAUCUUGCUGAUUAGGUUCAGGCAGGGUCUGGAUGACUGCCGGCAAGCGACUGAUGUGGAAAAGAAGGAGAUUUUGGAGAGGUGGAAGGCGCUGCAUGGAGCGCUGCAAGAUUAGGCCCGUUCGCGAGGGCUUGAGGUUUUUAGGAUAAAUAAGGAGGGCAUAGAGGGGACUCGAGAGUAUUGGCGGCUAACAUGGUGCAUGGGAUGGGAUGGGAUGGACUGGAUUGGAAUAGAUUUCAACUCCUCUUUGGUUAUAUCGUCAAACGUCCACAUCUGUGGUAUAUU